CUGUAUAAUAACCAGCCCUGCAGGUGCUGGAUGUAUUCAGUACUGCAGGUGGUGGAUGUAUUCAGUACUGCAGGUGGUGGAUGUAUUCAGUACUGUAUAAUAACCAGCCCUGCAGGUGGUGGAUGUAUUCAGUACUGCAGGUGGUGGAUGUAUUCAGUACUGCAAGUGGUGGAUGUAUUCAGUACUGCAGGUGGUGGAUGUAUUCAGUACUGCAGGUGCUGGAUGUAUUCAGUACUGCAGGUGGUGGAUGUAUUCAGUACUGCAGGUGGUGGAUGUAUUCAGUACUGUAUAAUAACCAGCCCUGCAAGUGGUGGAUGUAUUCAGUACUGCAGGUGGUGGAUGUAUUCAGUACUGCAGGUGGUGGAUGUAUUCAGUACUGCAGGUGGUGGAUGUAUUCAGUACUGCAGGUGGUGGAUGUAUUCAAUACUGCAGGUGGUGGAUGUAUUCAGUACUGCAGGUGGUGGAUGUAUUCAGUACUGUAUAAUAACCAGCCCUGCAGGUGGUGGAUGUAUUCAGUACUGCAGGUGGUGGAUGUAUUCAGUACUGCAGGUGGUGGAUGUAUUCAGUACUGCAGGUGGUGGAUGUAUUCAGUACUGUAUAAUAACCAGCCCUGCAGGUGGUGGAUGUAUUCAGUACUGCAGGUGGUGGAUGUAUUCAAUACUGCAGGUGGUGGAUGUAUUCAGUACUGCAGGUGGUGGAUGUAUUCAACACUGCAGGUGGUGGAUGUAUUCAGUACUGCAGGUGGUGGAUGUAUUCAGUACUGCAGGUGCUGGAUGUACUCAGUACUGCAGGUGGUGGAUGUAUUCAGUACUGCAGGUGGUGGAUGUAUUCAGUACUGUAGGUGGUGGAUGUAUUCAGUACUGCAGGUGGUGGAUGUAUUCAGUACUGCAGGUGGUGGAUGUAUUCAGUACUGUAUAAUAACCAGCCCUGCAGGUGGUGGAUGUAUUCAGUACUGCAGGUGGUGGAUGUAUUCAGUACUGCAGGUGGUGGAUGUAUUCAGUACUGCAGGUGGUGGAUGUAUUCAGUACUGCAGGUGGUGGAUGUAUUCAGUACUGUAUAAUAACCAGCCCUGCAGGUGCUGGAUGUAUUCAGUACUGCAGGUGGUGGAUGUAUUCAGUACUGCAGGUGCUGGAUGUAUUCAGUACUGCAGGUGGUGGAUGUAUUCAGUACUGCAGGUGGUGGAUGUAUUCAGUACUGCAGGUGGUGGAUGUAUUCAGUACUGUAUAAUAACCAGCCCUGCGGGUGGUGGGUUUAUUCUUCCAUUGGCCCUGGGUAUCUGGGAGAGCCUGAAGCCAUGAUCAGGGACAGAACAGACAGCUCUCCUUCUCUCUAUUCGC